CGUCCUACUUAGUUAGCUAGCUAACAUUAGCUAGCAGUCUGAACUGAAGCUAGCUUGAUACAAUUUUGUACUUGAUUUACCUAGCUCGUUAUGGAACUAUGCUGUAGCUUGCCAUGUAGCUGUAAUAUUUUAUUUCUGAACAGCUAAAAUGCUGAGACAGCUAGCUAAAGUGUAGGCUAGUAAGCAUCAACAGUAUGGAGAUUUAAGUAUUGCAAUUUCCAAAUAUUUAAUUAAACAAAUUAGGGUUACCAUGGUGUAGAAAUUCAGCCAGAAACAUUACUUUGAUAGCUUGCAAUUCAGUCCAGUCAUGCAUACACUAGUAAACCAUUUUUCACGUUUGUAUAUUGCUCAUUGUAGCAGUCUUCUGACAUUCCAUUAAUUUGGCAAAGGCGUUUACCAAAUUGUUGCUGUGCGGCUAGUUGUUUACAAUGUAGUCUUUUUCGACUGGCAAGAGUCGAGGUGCAAUGUUGUACGCCGUUAACCUAAUGUCAAGAGAAGCGAUGAUGGCAUGAACACAUUUGCUUCGACUGACUUCAAUUUACUUUAUCAAGUACUGAUUUUGUCUAAUAGGCUAGUUCCUCUCCUUGGUUUCUUGUCGUAUUCGAUCUUCCAUUUAUAACUAAUAACGAGUUUUGAUACGUAUCUACUCGUCUUGAAAAUCCAUAUACUGUACUCCGCUAAUUUCAAGACGACUACCCGUCAAUUCAGUUGACUUCAACUUUGACCUUCUAACGCCUGUAUUUAAACCUACCAGGUACUUACACGUGUCAGUGAGAGAGCGAGAGCGAACGAGAGGGCGAGUGAGGAAGGGGAAAGGAGGGGUUUGAAAAUGAGAUUUCGUUUUAGUUUACUGUUUCUGUGUGAGUGGAUGUCAUACGGUCUGUAGUGCAUGUGAGGAACAGUUCACUCUUUUCUACCAAGUUGUCCCCUUCAACCCUUUUGUCUUUAAACUUUAUGAACAUGUGCUGAAAGAGAACCACUGGGAGAAUUGGACGGUUCGCUACUUCAGCAUUGAUGUUUCUGUCCAACCAAUGCAGAGAACAGGUCCUGCUGUAGCCAGACCGCGUUCUUCAUCCAAGCCAGGAGAUCCCCUUUAAGCAGGGGGUGUUUCAGGAUGUGAGCCUAAGGACGGUACUAGGUUGGGUCAGGACCUAGACCGGAUCAAAUGCCUGUGCUUGACGCUUAAGGAUGAUGGCCAAGGGAUAACGGACAACUGCCACCCGCUCCACCCAACUGACCCAGGUUCUCCUUCCUCUUAUCCACUCCUUCCUGUCAUCCAGCGCUUUCCUACUUUUUUCUUUUUUUUUUUUUUCUUUCCCUGUUUUUCUUAAUUUCUCCCUGCCUCAACUCCGUCUCCUGCUCUGGUGUUGCUCCGAGGAGAUCCCAAGCGAUACUACAGAACGCUACAGUUUUCCAUGCUUCUCCUCCAUCGGUUUGUCUCUGCUGUAGAGGUCCACCACACUCCUGUCAUGUUAUCCAUCACCUCCCCCGCUGAUUGGAUGAGCUGCAAUGAUCAUGUGAUCAGUCCUCUGUCCUCGCCACUCCUAUUGGAUGCCCUCUCCCUCUUAUCUUCGUGAUUGGUCAGGACCCUGUGGGCUGUUGUCAUUUCAACACUCACAUUCGCUGUCCUCUUUUCCUUGCUCUAGUCCAUUCUCUGGUGUCAUUGGGCCAUGGUUCGCAAGAGAGGUUCCCUUAUCUUGUGUGGAGCUUUCUUAUUUGUCGCCUGCAAUGGCUUGCUUCUCCUCUUCCUUUGGGGAAGGCCUCCCGUUGGUCGAUUUGGAGAGGGUGGAGGGGCUGAGCCUGGCGGACGGGAGGAGUGGGGAGUGGCCAAAAGAAAAGGGGGUGGGAGCAAUCUGGCUGGAGAGGUGAUACGGUUGGCUGAGGAGGUAGAGUCGGAACUGGAGACCCAGAAGGAACUUCUCAAGCAGAUUCAAAGCCACCGGUCCUGGUGGGAGAAAAGAAAUGAACCGGGAAAACGAGAGGCCGACGCAGGGAGAGGGGAGGAACGCGAAUCCCCGCCCCCGCAGUGGCCACCAGCUUUACCUCCGAAGGACAGUCCAGAACACAACGACCAGCGUCAAGAAAGAAACACACAGCCGUUAAUUGUAGCAGCAGACCUUAAAGAAGACGCCAAACCAGACAACAACGUAAGAGAACUGCGAAACGACACCAAACAGGAAGUACCUGGGUCCCAAGUUGUCAUUCCUGUACUGGUCAUCGCCUGCGACAGGGUGACUGUGAAAAGAAGCCUGGACAAAUUGAUCCAGUACCGCCCCUCAGCAGAACUCUACCCAAUCAUCGUAAGCCAGGACUGUGGCCAUGCUGAGACGGCCCGUGUGAUUGGCUCGUACGGCAGUCAGGUGCUCCACAUUAGGCAGCCGGACCUCUCGGACAUCCGGGUGCGGCCCGAGCACCGGAAGUUCCAGGGCUACUAUAAGAUCGCCAGACACUACCGCUGGGCUCUCAACCAGGUGUUCACCGUCCUGUCUUAUUCCACUGUGGUGAUAGUGGAGGAUGACUUGGAGGUGGCCCCAGACUUUUUUGAAUACUUCCGUGCCCUGCACCCCAUCUUGACCUCUGACCCCACCCUGUGGUGUGUGUCGGCCUGGAACGACAACGGCAGGGAGGGCCUAGUGGACCCCGGGAAGCCAGAACUCCUCUACAGGACCGACUUCUUCCCUGGGUUGGGCUGGAUGCUGCGGAAGGAUGUCUGGGCCGAGCUGGAGCCCAAGUGGCCUGCGGCCUUCUGGGACGACUGGAUGCGUCAUCCCGAGCAGAGGAAAGAACGUUCCUGCAUACGACCCGAGAUCUCCAGGACUAUAACCUUUGGGCGCAAGGGCGUCAGCUUGGGUCAGUUCUUUGACCAGUACCUGCGCUACAUCAAGCUCAACUCCGAAUUUGUGCCUUUCACCAAACAAGAUUUGUCUUACUUAAUGAAGGAGAACUUUGACGUGAACUUUGUGAAGGAGGUUUACAGUGCCCCACUGGUGAAGGUGGAGGAGGUCCAACAAGGUGGCGGCUUAAGGGGAACCGGUCCAUACCGAGUCCAGUAUUCCAGCCGAGACAGUUUUAAGGUCCUCGCCCGAAGCUUAGGGGUUAUGGAUGACCUGAAAUCGGGGGUUCCCCGGGCGGGCUACAGGGGCGUGGUCAGCUUCCUGUCCCGUGGACGACGGAUCUUCCUGACCCCACCGGAAGGAUGGACGAAGUAUGAUGUUAGCUGGAGCUGAAAGGGCCGAACCCGACGCCACGGACGGCGACUCUACCUGUGACCGACUGACUCGAGAGGAGCUCCCUCUCAAACCAAAGAAAACUGACACGAGAUUACAUGAAGGAUCUGAGGUGACUGCGCCAAGUUACAACCAGCCGGUUUGGUGAAUGAAGACAUUGGAUACAUGAAAGUAGGUUGAAGGAGAGUUGGGCCCUCAUUGUUUUUGAAUACGAGUGAAAAGCUGAAUGCAGUGUAACAGGGAAUGAUACCACAGAGAGCUGUCUCUCAGGAAAAAAAAGAGAACCAUUUAGUAUUUGGUGGUUCUCCUGUUUCCGCCUGGUGUUGGAGAGGUUGGUGUUUGCUUCGACGUGGCGUUUUUGAAAGGAGAUCUGAGCGGGUCCUAGGUUUGAGCGGGUCCCAGGAUUGAUUACAUCGAAUGGGAGGCCAACCCGUUGGCUCUUUGUGUGGUUUCCCGUACUGCUAAGUGGAGGCCAAACCCUUACUCUCUAUGUCCCAAAAGGCAACCUGUCUCCCCAUGUAGUGCACUUCACCCAACCCAAAGUGUGAAGGGAAAGGGUGCAAUUUGGGAAAGCCUGUUCAGAGACCUUAACCGCAAUCGACUCACUUUAAGUGAAUGGAUGGGGUUGAGUAUACAGUAUUAUACUGAUAUUAAUUUAAUUAGUAAUAUGUGAUUAUCAGAAUUGAUUUAUUCAUAACAUGAAAACGUAUGAUACAUUUUAUUUUUUUUUGGGGGGGGGGGGGGCUGCUAUUUUGUGAAUUAUUUUAAUUAGCUAAGUGGUUAAUGGUUUGCAAACCAAACCUCCUACAGCCGGCUGGAGGGUCAUACACAUCAGGCGCUCGUUUAACCUGAUGUAUGAGGCAUUCUGUUGGGUCCUAAAUGAGUCUAAGCCCUAUAUACGGCGCUAUGGACUAGGGUUUCCUCCAGGAAGCAGCUAUUGACCACACUUGACUCUCACACAAAGGGUUGGUUGUAAUUCCAUUCAGUUCAAACAAUGGUAUUUUACACUUGGGUUUGUUGAAGAACCGAAUUACUUUUUUGUUUAUCCUUUUACAUGAUGGGCAUAAGUGGGUGAUAAGUGAUGAAUAAAGGAUUUUUGUUAAUGUACUGUAUUUAGUUCUGGGGAAGUGGUGAGGAAGAUUGAUUGAUCAUGUGUCUAUAUGGUAAUGUGUAAAGAAACACUGCCUGGUGUGUUCAAAACUUUAAUAAGUCAAAUAAAACUGACUAUUUUGAUAUG